CUUUACGCACUUUCUAAAUGUCCGUGAGUCCGGCAUGGCGCUGCAACUCACAUAUUGAGGCUCACAUUGAUGUCUUGUAGCAGUCACGUCAUGCGCCCUGCCAAGGUCUUAAUGCUCGAGUCGCGGCUUCCCACUGGACAGAUCGUUUGCGAGCGGAUAUUUGCAGCCGCGUAGCUUCUAUCGAUGUCUACGAGCAUCACUAUGUCGCUAUGCCAAGCUACAUGGUAACGAACAUGCAGUAUAGCUCGUGUAGACCCGAAUCCUCCGACCGGAUUUCGUCCACAUGCUGGCCAUACAAAGCCUAAGGUGAUGCCGUUGGAAGGAUAGAAAGUACGCUACCAACUCUCAGUAGCUUCUGCAAUUGUGUCACCUCCCAGUAACUUCUAUUUUUACCCCUUUCAUCAAAUAUCGUCAAUACAAGCCAGUCAUGGUCACUGUAGCAGUUGCCGGAGGCACAGGCGGCAUUGGCCGCACGAUCGUCGAAGAACUUGUUCGGCAAGGCAAACACGAAGUUUUGAUUCUGAGCCGAAAGGCAAGCAAGCUGUCAGGCCUCGAAUCCGUGCCAGUGCUAGAAACAAACUACGACGACGUCGCAUCGAUGAAAGACCUUAUCAAGAAAUACAAUAUCGAAAUCGUCAUAUCCGCCCUCCGACUCUUCGAUAAAGCAGGCGCAGACUCGCAGAUGAACCUCAUCCGCGCUGCAAUCGACGCCGGCAACGUAAAGCGCUUCAUGCCCAGUGAAUACGGGGUCAACUACUCGCAACCCGGCAUUCUCGAUGUGUAUCCCUCAGCGAAAUGGUGGCUUGAUGCAGCCGAUCUACUGCGCAGCUCCUACAUUGACUUCACACGCGUCUUUUUAGGAUGGUACUCAGACUACUUUGCUAUGCCGCACGUCAAGUCCAAUAUGAAGCCUUUCAAUUACGCUUUGGACUUCAAGAAUAGGAAAGCUGUACUCCCGGGUGAUGGAAAUUCGGCGGUCUCAUUCAUGCAUUCGACAGACGUGGCAAAGUAUAUUGUUGCAAUGUUGGAUGAGCAGAAGAAAUGGCCUGAGCUUAGUCCUCUUGCUACUGACUCAUUGACGUGGAAGAAGGCUGUUGAGAUGGCGGAGAAGAUUACUGGCACAAAAUGGGAUGUCACCUACGAUACCAUCGAAAAUUUGGAGAAGGGUAAAGCGACGGUGCUUGAGCAAUCAGAAGGCUCGUAUGAGUUUCCUGUGGAAUUCAUUCAACCAUUGAUCGUCGAGUUCAGCCUCAUGGCUGUACGUGUGAAUAUGGAUGCUUCGAAGGACGGAUUGAGAAACGAUGAUUUCCCUGAGAUUCACCCGAUUGGUGUUGAGGAGUUGAUGCAGAAGGCUUGGGGAAGCAAGCGAUGAGAUCAAUGGGGUAUUGUGCGGGCUGGAGUCGAGCUCGUAGAGAAUGUGUAUUUGCAUUCGUAAUUUCGUUGUAUAUGUCGGUUCUAACUGCAAGAAGGCAUUUAUGCAAUGUAUCUUCCAUGCCCCAAACAUGCAAUCAG